CGUAAAGUGAAAUAAGGCUCGCUACAUUGACUAAUCAUGGCGCACGUACUAGGAGAUAUAAAAGACCGUUAUUUUGAUAGGCUAUUUUGUUGCUGUGGUAACUUGCCACGUUAAAUGGACGAUCCAAGAAUGUUUAUUAAGUACAGAUCAUUUCUUUACUGACAAUACUUUGUAAUAAAAUAAUAACUAAUUUUUAUCACAAAAAAAGACACCAUAGAGCAACCAAAAACUCUCAGAAAUUGAAACUGAUAUUCUAAAUGGUGCAACAUAGCUCAUUGGGCAGUUAUCAUCUCUCUCGUAAACAAUUGAUUGGUAUAGUGUUAGACUCCUGCCGUGAAAACUUUGAUUAGAAAGAACCUCUUGACAAAAAAAUAAAUUCCUUGCCUUGGUAAUUAUGGACUUCACUAAAAAAUGUAUCAAUGAGUUUAGGAAUAAAUGAAUAGGAAAGAAAUAUAUAUUUUAAGAAAGAGCAGUGCCCCCUAUUGUGUUACUUAUGCAGGAGUUUGUAGAAGUGUUAUUAUUUUUUUCUUUAAAUCAAUUUUUUUCCCAAAAAAACCCCUUCAACAACUUUGGUUUGAUCUGCAAAAGUUAAUCCUAACCCUUCAUCUGAUUUUCCAAUUUUUUUUUUCAAUAAGGAACUCGAUACCAUAAGUAAACACUAAAAUGUAAAUCAGAUUUAUAUGAUCUGUUUUUAAGCUUCACUAAGCAAAAGAGUGUUUGCCCUUUAAGUUCCACACGAACAUGCGAAGAAAUCCCUGGCAACGCCAAAAUUAAAUAAGCGUUUUUAAACCUGUAUAAAGUAAUGUAUGUAAAAGUGUCUUUUCAGCCGCACACACAGUGCAUUUCGGCUGAAAACUCUUGUGCGAGUUAACCAAAGAAGCAGCGGGCGGGAUUGACCAAUAUAUCUCACGUCGAAACUUUUUUACCAACUUUAAAUUUAAUCAAGAGAAUCAUAUUUUCAAACUGUUCAUUCAGGCCAAGGUGCAAGCUCAUCAACUUAAUGGGUCAAUUUAAAAUUCCUUGAUAUUUUUUUCAUGUUCAAAAAACUAUGACAAACUGCUUUUAAAGAAGGGACACUUUCGCGAGAUCAACAGCUUACUGAUUCAGAAAAAGCUCCACCAACUUCACAAGCCUGCAAAGUUUCAAACAGGAACUAACUGGAUAGCUUGUAUAAACGGCCUGUGCAGACAACUUAUAUCACGAGGUGAUACUUUCAGAAGACUUGGGGAGGAAUAUUACACUGAUGAAAACAGAACAAUGAUGCGAUCAUGCCGACAGAGAUACUUUUGUAGCGCGCUUCUGUUCCUCAUAACAACGUUUAUGUACUGUUUAUUCUACGGUCAAAUAAUACCAGUCAGAGAGCUCACGAAAAACUACGAAAUUCCUUAUGAGAAAGUGUUUGCAAUAAAUACACCGGAAUCAUUGGGGCAAACUGAAAACGCGAUUCAAGAUACAGAUGACAUAAUCAUCUUUGAUUCGAUCACAGAAAACGAAAAAAACUUACAACAAAAGCUAGCAGACGACGAAACCGCCAGUCACCAAAUCGAAGGUAACACAAGAUCACAACAGAGCGGGCUUUCAAACUAUGUGAUGACCAAUGAAGGAAACGAAAGCGAAACGGAGUUGCAACAAAAAAGACUUCCAAAUGCUCUUAUCAUUGGAAUACGAAAAGGAGGAACAAGAGCACUUUUGGAUUCUCUUGCGCGUCAUCCCAGCGUGCGAGCUUGUUCAAGAGAACUGCAUUUCUUUGACGAACAAGACAACUAUAAGCGAGGCUUGGAGUGGUACAGAAAUCAAAUGCCUAAGUCUUUGAAAAAUGAAAUCACAAUUGAGAAAACACCAGCCUAUUAUGUUACUCAAGAUGCUCCUCGUCUGAUUUACAACAUGUCCCCGGAUGUUAAGCUGUUGGUGAUAGUUCGUGACCCGACUGUGCGUGCGAUUUCAGAUUACGCGCAAAUCUUCGAUAAAUAUCAGGGCAAGAUCAGACCAUUCGAGGAAUACGUCACCAAAAAUGGCACAGUGCUAAAAUAUAGCAAAAUAGUCCAAACUGGCGUCUACAUAACUCAUCUAAAAAAUUGGUUGAAAUAUUUUCCUCUAGAGCAAAUUCUCUUCGUAAAUGGCGAAGAACUUAUCAAAAACCCCGUCCCAGAAUUGAAAUUGGUAGAGAAAUUCUUGGGACUAAAACCAUUCAUUGAUGAAAAGUUAUUCUACUUCAACGAAACUAAGGGUUUCCCGUGUUUAGUUCCACCCACUCAAACGAACGGUGAACCAACCAAAUCUGGAUGCUUGUCAAAAGACAAGGGUCGACCACACCCUCACGUGAACGAAGAUGUCGUGACAUUAUUGCGUGACUAUUACAAGCCGUUAAAUGAAGACUUUUAUAGGACUGUUAGCAGAAAUUUCCAAUGGCCUUAGUCAAUUAUCCUUCUCAUACCUGCCGUGUUGCAAAUAACAUUUCACAUUUCUUAAGUAAGUUACGUCUGAAUAUUUGAAAACUACCUCAACUUGAUAGACACUACCAGAUAUGAGUUCGUUACGAUGGCGAACUAUGAGAUCAUGAACUCGAAAAAAAAUUAGCCUCAAAAAGGACCGUGACCACUCAAAUCUGCAAUGUUGUCGCGUAAUCUUUUGAGAAAAUAAUAAAAAAAAAAAUUAAGAAAAAACAAUAAUGGCCAAAGAUACACCUGGUUCGAGAGUGCCAGGAUGAAGGUUAGGGACACAACGAUGAUAGUCCACUCUAAGGGGCGUGGUCAAGGCUACAAAUGACAGGAACAAGGUUUCGAGACGACGAGAUUCCAUUGUUCUAUGUAUGAAAUUUAAAAGAACUUUAAGUAUUUCACAGAAAUUAACCAAUCACACAGCUCAUGUGCGCAGCGGGUCCAGGCCUCUAAUCUUAACAAAUUUUAUGACCCCUAUAAAUGAUCUCAAAGUACCAAUCAGAAUGUUCUUCGACGUUACAAUGGUGUUUUACGAUACUAGUCGUAAUAGACUACAAGAAAAAUAAGUCCUUAUUGACUAAGUAGGAGGGCAAGAAGGGAAAAAGUUUUAAGCCCAAGACCAUGAGGUACGAACCAAACACAGUGAGGUCCAUACAUCACGAUUGAGAGCCAAAUAUCUAACCAUUCGGCCCGACCAAACUCAGUUAAUAGGCAUUUUUUUUCAGAUGAAUGUCGCUUUUUUUCACAUGAACGUCGCUGCUCGCAUCAGGGAUGACCGUACGGCUAUUGCAGGCUCUGCUCGCGCCAUCGCCUACGGCCCUUUUACUGGGCGGGGGAGGGACGGGGACGUACGGGUAAUGUGAUAAAAAAAAAAAAACUUCGAUCGAGGAGGAGAAUGAGAAUUCGUCUCAAUUUGGAGUUGUGUAAGAAAUAAGCCUGAUUAAAGAAUGUGUGAUCAUGAUUUAGUUAA